AUGGGAAACUGCUGUGAAAGAGCUGCAAAUUUCUUCGGCCCGCAAAAGAACACCUAUGUGCGUGUUAGUUUGCCGGCUGUCUGCUUCGUCUGGCAGAUUGCUAUGAUUGUUCUGUUUGGACUUUUUAUCCGGUAUGACGACGAAUCAGAUGCAAAAGGCUGGGUUAAAUACAAAAAGAGUCAUAACAUCACCAGCGACAUUGAGAAUGACUUCUACUACAGAUACCCAAGCUUCCAGGAUGUGCAUGUCAUGAUCUUUGUGGGCUUUGGCUUUCUCAUGACUUUCCUGAAGCGCUACAGCUUUGGUGGCGUGGGCUUUAACUUCCUAAUCGCUGCCUUUGGUCUACAGUGGGCUCUCCUCAUGCAAGGUUGGUUCCACCAUAUCGACCCCGUCACUGGAAAAAUCACCAUUGGAAUUGAGAAUCUGAUCAACGCUGACUUCUGCUGCGCUGGAUCUCUGAUCGCCUACGGGGCCCUCUUGGGGAAAGUAAGCCCUGUCCAGCUGAUGGUUGUCACCUUAUUUGGCGUCACACUUUUUGCUGUGGAGGAAUACGUCAUCCUUGACCUCCUUCAUUGCAGAGAUGCUGGUGGCUCCAUGGUCAUUCACGCCUUUGGAGGGUACUAUGGUUUGGCCAUCUCCUGGGUGCUGUACCGGCCAAACCUGAACUUAAGUAAACGUCUCAAUGGUUCUGUCUACCACUCUGAUCUGUUUGCUAUGAUUGGUGCACUUUUCCUGUGGAUGUUCUGGCCCAGUUUCAACUCGGCCAUCACACCCCACGGUGCCGGACAGCACAGAGCAGCCAUCAACACUUACCUUGCCCUCGCUUCCUGUGUUCUCACCACUGUGGCCAUCUCCAGUAUGGGUCAAAAGAAAGGAAAACUGGACAUGGUACAUAUCCAGAAUGCCACUCUGGCUGGCGGUGUUGCAAUGGGAACAGCAGCAGAGUUUAUGAUCACUCCUUACGGUGCAAUCAUUGUGGGUUUCUGCUGUGGUAUCAUUUCCACCUUUGGGUACCUGUAUGUCACGCCCUUUUUGGAGAAAAAGCUCAAGCUCCAGGAUACAUGUGGCAUCCACAACCUGCAUGCAGUGCCAGGGAUGCUCGGUGGCUUCAUAGGUGCCUUAGUCGCUGCCUUAGCUACUGAAGAGGUCUAUAGCAAAGAGGGGCUGAUCGAGACAUUUGACUUGACUGGCAAGUAUGAAAACAGGACUUUGGGAACGCAGGGAGGCUACCAGGCUGCUGGCACAUGUGUAGCAAUUGCUUUUGGACUAGUUGGAGGAGUCUGUGUUGGUUUUAUCCUGAAGUUUCCCAUCUGGGGAGAUCCUGCUGAUGACUUUUGCUUUGAUGAUGAAGCGUACUGGGAGCUUCCUGAGGAUGAGGAGACAAUCCCUCCUGUUUUGGAAUACAACAAUCACAUGAUAAGCAAGCACCAAGACACAAGAGAGUCGAAUUUCUCUCUGGAGGAAAGUUAGACUUUCAGCAGGAGACCAG